AUGCCAACCACGCUACGCCACUAGAGCAACAUCCUAGCCAUUCAGGACCAGUGCAUUAGAACUCGUAACUACGAGAAGCACAUCCUGAAGCUGGAUGUGGAAGACCGCUGCAGAUGCUGUCAUGGACCACCCGAAACGGUUCACCACCUCCUCAGUGCCCGCCCCGAACUAGCCCCGAGGGAGUACUUGUACAGGCACGACCAGGUGUGCAAAUAUGUGCACUGGUGUGUCUCCAAGCAAGCCGGCCUGGAAGUCCCAGAGAAGUCGUACGAACACCAGCCAGAGUCUGUUGUGGAGAACUCCUCCACCAAGAUACCAUGGGGCAUGCCUAUAAUUACAGACCGCACUAUAGGCUGCAAUAGACUGGACCUCACGAUCUAUAAGAAGGAGAGGACCGCCCUUCAUUCUUCCAACCUUGAUCCAAACUCUGGCAUGCUGAUGCCUGAACCAAAAAUCUGUUCUGAUGAGGAACUGGCCAACAUGAUUGAUGCAAUACUUAAGAUGGAUGACCAUAAUAGGAAUGGAAUCAUUGACUAUCCAGAGUUCAUUCAAGCCCAAGAAGCUGCUACUACCCAAGCCAAGAACUAA